CUGUUUGCUUUAAUCCGGAUCGUAUAUAUAGCCUUGUUUUUCACUUUGGAAUAACCUUUCGUUUCUCUGCGAUGAUCUUCAGAGCCGAAGAUCAAAGCCAGCUACAGCUCGUCGAACGCCAAGACAUCGACGAUGAAGACGACCUCUUCGAAGUGAUCGAUAAGCUGAUUGCUCAGGGAAUCAAUGCCGGAGAUGUGAAGAAGCUUCAGGACGCAGGGAUCUACACUUGCAAUGGUUUGAUGAUGCACACCAAGAAGGAACAAGCUCUCAUAAGAAUCUGCUGGCCGGUUGUAACAAUCGACAUGGACGUGUGUCAAGGACGUACUGGCCGGAGUGGAUAUAGAUUUAAGAAUCCAACCAAAUGA